AUGCAGGUUUCCCCUGACUUUGCCUCAUAUGCCGAGCACCACAAUGUUUUUCCCAUGCUCGAGGAGCUCCUGCAACAGCUGUUGGUGGAGCAGCCCGAUGAUCCUUUGGUGUUUCUGCGCGAACGCCUCUCACGAGCCAAGGUCUUUCGCAUCAUUGUGUGCGGCCCGCCGGCGGCUGGCUGCACCACACUUGCACGCCAACUGGCAGAGAAGCUGCAACUGGUCUACCUGACCGUGGACUCCUUGCUGAACGAGGAAGAGAGCAGUGGCAGCGAGACGGGCUCACAUAUCAAAGAUGCCCGCGCCUCGGGUAAACGCGUGUGCGGCCCACGUACUGACUGCCAAGAGCGCGGCUGGGUGCUGGUCAACUACCCUGGCAGCCGCCCCGAGGCCCUCUCGCUGCAAAUGUCGGGGGUUCUGUGCUCGCACUUCCUUCAGCUGGAUGCCCCCGACUCUGUGUUAAUGGCGCGCUACCCGGGCAAGCGCACAGACCCUCGCACGGGAGCCGUGUAUCAUGAAAUCUACGACCCACCGCCGGCAGGUGUGCAGGUGGUCAAGGAUGAAGGGGCGAAUGACACGACCAUGGCGACUCGUCUCAAGGAGUACCGUCGUCGCGCCGAUGGGCUGCGUCGGGCUUUUGAGGGUGUGUGUUGUACUGUCAAUGUCGACCAACCGCCGGCCGAUGUCUGGCAGUAUGUCUGGGACGUGUUGCGCACCAAACGCCAGUCAAAUGCGCCCAUUAUCCCGCGCAUGGCAUUACUGGGUCCACCGGGCUCGGGUAAGACGGCACUUGGAGCCCAGCUGGCUCGCUUGUAUGGUGCAGUGCAUGUGCAACCAGAGCGUCUGCUACGUUCAGCCGUCGCAGCCGGUGGUCGCCUGGCGGCUGCUAUCAAGCCCUACCUGGACCGCGGUGUCAUGAUUCCAGAUCAACUCCUCACCAAAGUUGUGACUGAGCGUCUUUGGGAGCAGGACUGCAUCUCCCGUGGUUGGAUUCUGGACGGCUUUCCUCAAAAUCGUGCGCAGGGCGAGGGCUUGCAUGCGGCUGGUUUCCGGCCCGCACGCGUGAUGCUGCUGCAGUUGCGUCCAGCCACGUCGCUCUUUCGCCUGACCCAGCGGCGCAUUGAUACCAGCACGGGCAAGCAUUAUCAUCUGGCCUUGGCGCCACCUCCAGAGGAGGCCGUGCCUCGUUUAGUGCAGCAUCCUCGUGACACGGAGACAAACGUGCAACGAAAAUUGGGUGAAUGGCAGGCGUUCGCCGAUGAGUUGCGUGAUCUCUAUCCAAAUGCCGCCGAGGUAGAUGCAGAGGAACCGAUUGAGGAUGUCCUGAUUGCGUUGGAGGCAAACAUGGUUGAAGGGGGGGAUGGGAGGAACCAGAAAUCGGAUUGGGGUCAAUUUGGAGAAACACGAGGGUUAAGAAGGGAAGAACACAAAACACAACUUGCCAAGUGGCUCAAGUGGGAGUAUGUGUUUGUAUCCAAGCCCGGUCGGCGCAGUGCACGCUGAAAAAGUGCCCGUGUGGCAGUGAACGAGCGAAAGGCAGAGAAACAGUACAACAGAGCAAACAAAAGGACGCUGCUCCACACUACCACGCCAUAACUAUUGAGCUAAGAGAAAGGACGGGAGGGGUUCAAUGACAAGGGCAAACAUGAAACAGGGGGCCACGAGGGAGUGGCAGAAUCUCGUUCAAAUUCCCAACGGGCUGGUGCAUAACAGGCAUUUGUCCUCCCCAAAUGCACAGGCGGGGCAAGAUAUCAAUCAAAGGGGAGGAAGAGGCGAGAGCAAAAAGGGCCGGCCCCGGCCCGGCCGGCGGAUGCCCAAGAAAGAGCC